AAUGCUCAGAGGUUGCUUGCACCUUCCAAAACCUCGUAACCUUUUCUGUUUGUUACAACUUUCUUUCUUCCUUCCUUCCCCACGUGCCGUAUGAAUGGUAUGGCAAGAGUUUGAGACUGGUUGUUUUAUCUGAUUAUUCUCUCUACUUGCCACUUCCUACUUCCUUGGGAUUGUUGAGUACGAGUUUUCAAAGGAGUUCCUUCUUAUAACAACUUUGAGGAAAGAGCAAUCGUCGACUUCGUGUCAGCCCUGGUGGUCGAAAUAUCAAGGGAUCUACACUCGCCUGCCCCCCCCUUGUUCAAGUUGCACUUGCAUAAGGUCUUGAAAUCGAUUUAACCAGAGGGCUUUCUUCCCUUUUGUUGUCGGCCACUCACUCACCCACUCUCCCUCAACCUCAUCUCAUCAACUCAACACCAACUGUCCUUCGUUUCCACAACCAUCCACACAACACUACGACACAACAACCAACAUGAAACCAUCAACCCUCCUCACCCUAACGGCCACAGCCGCCUCUACCACCUCCGCCUUCACCCUUCCCUUCAAGUUCCGGCGGGACACCGUCUCAACCGAUGCCUCCAACAACCCCAACCGCCGGCUCCUCCACAGCCCACCCACCAACACAGUUGGCAUCGCCGGCGGCCACAUCAAGGCCACCUCCGGCAUUAAUAACAGACCGCCAUCUCUCCGCGCAGGCGCCUAUCUCCCCUACCACCCGCCGGCCUCGACCCCCGACCAACCAACCCAGAACCAAGACAUGAUCCAAUCCGUCACCGGCACCGUCGUGAUCCCCUCCAUCAACAUGCCCGUAUCGGGUCCUACAGCCGGCAACAGCGCAGGGGAGUACUCGGCUUCGAUAUGGGUUGGCAUCGACGGGGCUUCGGCCACGGAUAACUUCAUUACCAGUAUCCCGAACUGCAACCCUUUGAGUCAAUCCCUUCGGGCGGGGGUCGACAUCUUCUGGGAUGGCACCCUAGGCGGUCAACAAACCCCGUACGUCUGGACGCAGUGGUAUCCUGCCGAGCACGCCAAGGGGUUUCUGGAUUUCAAGGCUUCUCCCGGUGACGAGCUGCGGUUUACCGUUUCCACGGGACCGCACGGGAACUCCGGCGGCUCGGUGAUGGUAGAGAACUUCGGACCCCCGCAGAGCCCAAAGGGCGUGGAUGGCAAAGUGAAAAUCCCCAUCGCCACGGGUAGUUUGAUCUGGAAGGAUAUGCCCGGUCUGUGCAGCGCGCAGGGAAGUUGGAUUAUUGAAGAUUUUCCGCUGCAGGAGAGGCCGGAGCUGCCGAGUGCUCUGGGGAAUUUCACGGAUGUGAGGUUUGGGGAGAUGGGUGUUGCGACGUGGUUGGGAGGGAAUUUCACGGGGGAGGAGGUGUUGGGGAAGGACAAGUUGAAGAUGUUGGAGAUUUAUGAUCAGGGACAGGGAGGGACGCUGGCGAAGUGUAAGACGGAGGGGGGGGGAGAGAAGGGGGGCGUGGUUUGUAGGAGGGUUGUUGAGGCUUGAGUGCUUGAAGGUCUACCUAUUCUUGAGCAAGGCGUGGUUAAACGGAGGUAAUGAAUGGAUUUGAUAGAGAGGACGGGAGUUAGAGGGUUCUGUGCUGGGGAUGGAUCAAUGGCAUAAUGAGGAGGAUAACUUAAUGUUAAUGAGUAGCAGACGUAUUAGUAAGAGAGCCGAAACUGGUUUAAUCGAUCGAA